AUGGCGGCCCGCACCAGGCACCCGGAUGCAGCCAGGAGGCGGGGCAGAACCUGCACCAGUGAGCUCUCGGGUUCCGAGACGGAGAGGAGGAGCAGCCUAUCAGAGCACCCGCGCGGGGAGGAGGCGGGCGCCCUGGGCGGAAGAGGAGGGCUCUGGGCCCUGGGCAGCCGCUGCCCGCACGCCGGAGCGCCCCUGUGCCAAGGAGUCCUGAAGGGCGACAGGCUGCGCUGCCCCUGGCACGGGGCCUGCUUUAACAUCAAGACCGGGGACAUCGAGGAGUACCCGACUCUGGACUGCCUGCCCUCCUUCCAGGUGACAGUGGAAGAUGGGAAGGUGUUUAUUACGGCCAGGAGAAAGGACCUGGAGAGCAGCCGGUGGCUGAAGGACAUGAGCAAGCGCUGUGGGCUCAACCAGACCACGGCACUGCUGCUGGGCGGAGGCCCAGCCUCACUGGUCUGUGCGGAAACGCUGCGGCAGGAGGGCUUCACAGGCAGGAUCAUCAUGGUGACCAAGGAAAGGCAUGUGCCUUACAACAGGACCCGGCUGAGCAAGGACAUGGGGGUCAGGGCCGAGAGCAUCUACCUGAGGCCGCCGGAGUUCUUCACGGCGCACGACAUCGAAGUCUGGACUGAGAAGGAGGCAGUGUCCAUUGACACAAAGGGGCAGAAGGCCCAGUUCAAGGAUGGGUCCUCCCAGAGGUACGACCAGCUCCUGAUUGCAACGGGCAGCCGCCCCAAGCUGCUCAAGUGCCCGGGCGCAGACCUGCGCAACGUGCGUUUCCUCCAGACCGUAGAAGAUGCCAACCAGAUUUUGGAGCUGGCUACUGGCAAGAGGCUGGUGAUCGUGGGCGCAUCGUUCAUUGGGAUGGAGGUGGCUUCCUUCCUCUCGCACAAGGCCCGCACCAUCUCUGUGGUGGAGAAGGAGGCAGUCCCGUUCCAGAAGGCACUGGGGCCCCAGGUCGGGCAAGUUGCCAUGAAGAUGCUGCAGGGCCAGGGGGUGAAGUUCUACAUGAAGAGCCAAGUCUCGGAGCUGCGCGGAGAGGACGGGAAGGUCACAGAAGCCAUCCUGGACAGUGGGAAGCAGCUGCCGGCUGACGUAGUGGUGGUAGGAAUAGGCGUCUCCCCGGCCUCCGAGUUCCUGAAGGGCAGCCCCAUUGCCCUGGAUGCCCGAGGCGCCGUCCUGGUGGACCUGCUCAUGAAGACCAACGUCCCGAGCAUCUUCGCUGCCGGGGAUGUGGUCGCCUUCCCGGUCGCGCUGCUGGGUGGAGAGAGAACCAGCAUCUACCACUGGCAGGUGGCUCAAGCACACGGGCACGUGGCCGCGCUGAACAUGCUGCAGAAGCAGUCGCCGCUGCACACCGUGCCCUUCUUCUGGACUGUGCUGCUCGGGAUGAGCAUCCGCUACGCAGGCUCUGGGAAAGGCUUCACCGAGACGGUGGUGAAGGGAAGCCUGGAGGAGCAGAAGUUUGUCAUCUUCUACAUCAAGGAUGGCUACGUGACUGCAGCUGCCAGCCUGAAGUGCGACCCGAUAGUGGCCAUGGUGGCAGAGGCCCUCUACGCCGGGAAAGUCAUCUCCAAGGAGGAGGCCGAGGGCUCCUGGACCGCCUGGCUGGAGCUGUCACAGCCCGAGAGCACCGCGGCGGAGAGAGGCUCCUAGUCCUGUACUGCAGCC